AUGGGCAACAUGGCGAGACAGGUCCAGAGCCACCCCGACUACUCAGAUGAUGAGUACGGAGCCGAGGACGCCUACUUCACCUACCGACCCCUCUCCAACCUUCCCACCCCGCCGCCUUCUUCCAGAAAUUCUUCCGCCCAUCAGAGCCCGAAAACGGCUUUGGAAGACGGAGAGGUCCUGCACCAGAAGUUCCUGGGCCCCGCCAUCCACCUCGUCAACCUCGUUCCCACGUCGGCUUCUCUCACGACCCCCUCGGUGCCGCUUGUUCAGGCCAUGCUGAGCCGGUCCGGCCUGCCGCUCGAGACCGUUGCACUGGCAGUCUGCAUUCUCGACUCGCUCAACUCUAAAUUCGCCCUCAGCUGGCGUCUGCAGUGCCCCCUGCUCGUCGAAGGCGCCUUCUCCUCCAACAAACGCCACACCCUCGCCCAUAGCCCCCUCCUCGACCGUCGCCGCCAGCAGCAGUUGCACAUCGACUCGGUCCAGCCAGAGCUCAUCAUCCUCGCUGCGCUCGUCAUCGCCGCCAAGUUCACCGACGACUGCCACGACUCGACCUACUACUACUGCGCCAAUUGGGGCAAGGACAUCUGGUCGUGUGAGCAGGUCAACGUGACUGAGCGCUGCAUCUGCGAGAACCUCAACUACCGCAUCAAGCCCCUUGUCGACGACGACGACCUCCUCGCCGACACCAUGGUCGAUAUGCAGCUGGCCGCCCGGCACUACAACUCGGUCCGCCCCGUGCAGCCCCACGAGAUGAGACACAGCAAGAGCAAGAGCAUGACCAUUGGCACCGCCGUCGUCGGCCUCGGCCUGCAGCUCACGCCCGUGGACACUCCCAAGUCCGAAGCCGCCCCGUUCGACGACGAGGUGCGUGCCGCCCUCGAAAACUCGUCUCUUGGCGGCGACUACAUGUCUCUGGCCUUUUCCGGCGAUGAAAUGGUACUCUCUUCGGUUGGCGAGAACCUUGACAUUUAG